CAGAGGAUGGUCCUUGAAACGUCAGCACCACUCCCCAUCUCUCCUGUUAGAGCUCUCCUCUGUAGGCUCAGUCAGGUCUGAUGGUGAGAGGGGAUGAGCUGGAGAAGUCACUGAAUGAAGGAAGGGAUCUUUUUAUACUCCAAGUGUCUUCGGAUUUCAAACAACUUCACAAGAAGUCCUCUCUUUGUGUUUUACGCGCCUGUUUGCUUUCGUGUCUCUUGGAUGUUGCGCCACGCAGCGUAGCGUUUGCCAGCUGGCACGCGAGUGAUACUGUUCAGUUUACGUUACGCAGGAAACAGAGACAGUCCGUUUUGACCCGAGGGGAUGAGAGCGCUCCAGCUUUUCUUCUCAAACUAUCAAACGUCUUCAAUAUGUUGUCUAUCGCGUUCGCCAGAUGAUACCUCCUGAUUCUGCAUCGCGCCAUGUCCUUGUGCCGGAUUAAAGCGGACAAUGAAGUUAUGGGAUAGUCUGACCACUUGUUUGAUACUGCUGAGCGCCGCCGUGCACGUCAGCUCGCUGCUCCGGUCCAGCAGGAGGAGAGGGAGAGCGGAAGAGAGUCCCCUGGAGCUCCCGCCGGUUCAGAUCCGCCUGUCAGUCACUUCCCCGGGCAUCAGCCGCGAACGGGCGGAUCCAGCGGGCUGGGAGGAGACGCUGGCCGGAGACAUCAUGGAGGAGCCCCCGCAUGAGGAGUUUGAAGACGUAGUGGACUUCAUCAGAGUGACCGUCAGUCGGAUACGUCGCUCCUCUUCAUCCACCGUGUCCUCGUCUACCUCCUCACCCACCACGCUGUCUCCCUCCAAAGAGGUCUCAACUAGCAGGACCCGACACAGGAGAGAGAGGCGGAAAGGGGCGAGCCACCAGAGGCGGACCGGAGGGAGACUGGGGCUGACGUUGGGGGAGACAGGGAGGAAAGUUAGGGGAGGAAGAGUUAACGGAAGAGGCCAGGGCUGUGUGCUGAAACAAAUCCAACUCAACGUGACCGACCUGGGCCUCGGGUACCGCUCUAGUGAGGAGAUGAUAUUCAGGUACUGCUCUGGACCCUGCAGGAAGUCAGAGACAAACUAUGACAAAAUCCUCUACAACCUCGCUCAUAAGAAGAGGUUUCCUCCCAGAGACAUGCCCCCUCAGGCCUGCUGUCGGCCUAUAGCAUUUGACGAUGACCUUUCGUUUCUGGAUGACAAUCUCGUGUACCACACAGUGAGGAAACACUCGGCCAGGAAAUGUGGCUGUGUGUAGAGGGAGAGAUUGGCUGACCGUUUUUUUUGUGUGGUUAAUUUUGACUGAAAAGUAUGUUGUUGUUUUUUUUUCUCACUACCAGGAAUCUCAGGCAUUAUGUAUGAAGACAUAUCUGCCUCGAGUCCAUCAGUAAUAGAGUUUAAAAGAAGAAAAGAUGGUAUCAAAACAUUCUGAAAAGAAAUAUCCAUAAUGGUCCUACUCUUUGACUUUUUAGCAUUUCUCCUCACAGGCCUCGUGAGUCAGCUGACUCAUUCUGACUCUACAGGACAUAU